GCUACAAUGAGGUUCGGCAUAGCUCUUGUGGCUUUAGCGGCCGUUGUAGCCGUUAAUGGGCUACCGUACCCUGACGUCGAGUACGAGUAUGAGAGCUUCGGAUCCUCAAGCAGCAGCAGCAGCGAAUCCAGCUCAUCCUCCAGUUCAUCUUCCAGCUCUAUCAUAAAAGAUGGAGUUGCAACGGUCGUCGCAACUGCUCAAAAGGCUGCUCAGUCUGCGUCCCAGGCCUCACAGGCAGCCCAGCAGCUCUCCAAGAAAAUUGUGAAGUCUGCAGGCGGCGAGGUUUCCGAAGAAAGCAGUUCUUCCUCGUCACUGAGCCAGCAAGCCCAGCAAGCAGCUUCCAAAUCUGAGAAGAGCUCAGUGGUAAGAAAUCUGGGCGGCGUCCAAACCUCUGAGUCAAGUGAAUCAUCCGAUUCAUCGUCUAGCAAGAACCAAUCUAGCGAGAACUCUGCUUCUAAAACUGUGAAGAAAUCUGGCUGCGGCGGCUCUAAGUCCAGUACCGAGAACAGCAACUCAAAACAGUCUUCUAACGAAUCUGAGAACAACAGCAAAUCGUCUAAAAAAUCUUCCAGAAAGUCUGGUUCUAACGUCAGCGAAACCGAAGAGUCGGCGGAAAAUUCCAGGAAGUCGCAAUCCAAACAGGCGAGCCAACAGAAAACUGUAGAAGAAUCAGAGAACUCGCGUAACGGAAGCAAGAAGGUCCGAAAGUCCGAGAGCUCAGAUGAAUCUUCCAACCAAAACGAAGAGUCUCGUAAAUCAAGCAAGAAAUCCAUUAAAAAAUCAGGUUCUAACAUUUCAGAGGAAUCCGAAAAUGCUGAAGAAAACCGCAAAUCAGCCUCCAAGAACUCCAACCGUAAGAAUUCUCGUGAAGAACAGUCAGUCGACCGAUCUGGUAAAGUGAUCAAAUCUGAGAAGAGUGAAUCCAGCGAGAACGAGUCUUCUAAAUCCGAUUCAGCUAAUUCCAAGCGUUCGAAGUCGAGCAAAUCUAUAAAGAAGGGCUCUAAGGGCGAAAGCGAAAGUGUGGUCUCGAAGAACGAACGAGAGGAUUCAUCGAACAACGAAUCGAACAAGAAGUCUAAGAAAUCUAAAUCUGUCAGCAAAAACGGUGACUCAGUUAGCACUUCGGAACAAGAGAGUAACGAGGAAAGUAGAAAGUCUGGAAAGAAGUCCAGAUCGAAGAACGAAAAGAAUGUAAAGAUUAAGAGGAAGAACGGAGAUGAGGAAUCUUCUACGGAAGUCGAUGAGAGCGAGUCCAGCCAAAACGAGAGUAGCUCAAGCCAAAGUGAGUCUUCGAAGAAGUCAAACCGCCGUCGUAAGGGUGGAAAGAAACCAUGCAAGGGAAACAAACCCGGUGGACCAGGAGCACCAGGCAGCCCAGGAACGCCAGGAGGACCAGGAGCACCAGGUGGACCGGGUGGCCCAGGAACACCAGGAUCAGGUGGUCAUCCAGGAUCACCAGGCUUACCAGGAACACCAGGCUCACCAGGAACACCAGGAGGACCAGGAGGGCCAGGAGGACCAGGAGGACCAGGUGGCAAACCAGGCAAGCCAGGUGGCAAACCAGGCAAGCCAGACCACCGUAAACCAUGCCAUGGUAAGCCAAGCCCAGGUGCUCCAGGUGGACCAGGAGGACCAGGCAGCCCAGGAACGCCAGGAGGACCAGGAGGGCCAGGAGGUCCAGGUGGUCCAGGAAAACCAGGCGGCCCAGGAACACCAGGCUCACCAGGAACACCAGGAGCACCAGGAGGACCAGGAGGACCAGGAGGACCAGGUGGCAAACCAGGCAAGCCAGGUGGCAAACCAGGCAAGCCAGACCACCAUAAACCUUGCCAUGGUAAGCCAGGCCCAGGAGCACCAGGAGGACCAGGAGGACCAGGCAGCCCAGGAACGCCAGGAGGACCAGGAGGGCCAGGAGGUCCAGGUGGUCCAGGAACACCAGGAGGACCAGGAAAACCAGGCUCACCAGGAACACCAGGCUCACCAGGAACACCAGGAGCACCAGGAGGACCAGGAGGACCAGGAGGACCAGGUGGCAAACCAGGCAAGCCAGGUGGCAAACCAGGCAAGCCAGGUGGCAAACCAGGCAAGCCAGACCACCAUAAACCUUGCCAUGGUAAGCCAGGCCCAGGAGCACCAGGAGGACCAGGAGGGCCAGGAGGUCCAGGUGGUCCAGGAAAACCAGGCGGCCCAGGAAAACCAGGAGGACCAGGAUCACCAGGCUCACCAGGAACACCAGGCUCACCAGGAACACCAGGAGCACCAGGAGGACCAGGAGGACCAGGAGGACCAGGUGGCAAACCAGGCAAGCCAGGUGGCAAACCAGGCAAGCCAGGUGGCAAACCAGGCAAGCCAGACCACCAUAAACCUUGCCAUGGUAAGCCAGGCCCAGGAGCACCAGGAGGAACAGGAGGACCAGGCAGCCCAGGAACUCCAGGAGGACCAGGAGGGCCAGGAGGUCCAGGUGGUCCAGGAACACCAGGAGGACCAGGAAAACCAGGCUCACCAGGAACACCAGGCUCACCAGGAACACCAGGAGCACCAGGAGCACCAGGAGGACCAGGAGGACCAGGAGGACCAGGUGGCAAACCAGGCAAGCCAGGUGGCAAACCAGGCAAGCCAGGUGGCAAACCAGGCAAGCCAGACCACCAUAAACCUUGCCAUGGUAAGCCAGGCCCAGGUGCUCCAAGUGGACCAGGAGGACCAGGCAGCCCAGGAACGCCAGGAGGACCAGGAGGGCCAGGAGGACCAGGUGGUCCAGGAGCACCAGGUGGCCCAGGAAAACCAAUAGUACCAGGAGGACCAGGAUCACCAGGAACAGGCCACCCAGCAGGACCAGCAGAACCAGGAACACCAAGUGGUCCAGGAGGCCCAGGAGCACCAGGAGGCCCAGGAUCUAAUGGAGAGCCAGGAACACCAAGUGGUCCAGGAGGCCCAGGAGCACCAGGAGGCCCAGGAGGAUCAGGAGUGCCAGACGGCCCAGGAAUACCAGGCACACCAGGCCAUCCAGGCCAACCAGGUGGACCUUCACCUGGAGUGCCUGCCGGCCCAGGAAAACCAGGAGGACCAGGAUCUAACGGAGAACCAGGCUCACCAGGCGUACCAGGAGAACCAGGAACACCAGGAAACCCAGGAUCUAAUGGAGAGCCAGGUACACCAAGCGGUCCAGGAAUACCAGGAAGCCCAGGAAAUAAGCCAUGCAAAGGCAAGCCAGGUUCGCCAGGUUCAUCAGGAGGACCAGGAGUGCCAGGUGUACCAGGCACACCAGGAGGAUCAGGAGUGCCAGGGGUACCAGGUGGCUCAGGAACACCCGGAGGAUCAGGAGUACCAGGCACACCAGGAACACCAGGAACACCAGGAACACCAGGAGCACCAGGAGGACCAGGAGGACCAGGAGGACCAGGUGGCAAACCAGGCAAGCCAGACCACCAUAAACCUUGCCAUGGUAAGCCAGGCCCAGGUGCUCCAAGUGGACCAGGAGGACCAGGCAGCCCAGGAACGCCAGGAGGACCAGGAGGGCCAGGAGGACCAGGUGGUCCAGGAGCACCAGGUGGCCCAGGAAAACCAAUAGUACCAGGAGGACCAGGAUCACCAGGAACAGGCCACCCAGCAGGACCAGCAGAACCUGGAACACCAAGUGGUCCAGGAGGCCCAGGAGCACCAGGAGGCCCAGGAUCUAAUGGAGAGCCAGGAACACCAAGUGGUCCAGGAGGCCCAGGAGCACCAGGAGGCCCAGGAUCUAAUGGAGAGCCAGGAACACCAAGUGGUCCAGGAGGCCCAGGAGCACCAGGAGGCCCAGGAUCUAAUGGAGAGCCAGGAACACCAAGUGGUCCAGGAGGCCCAGGAUCUAAUGGAGAGCCAGGAACACCAAGUGGUCCAGGAGGCCCAGGAGCACCAGGAGGCCCAGGAGGAUCAGGAGUGCCAGACGGCCCAGGAAUACCAGGCACACCAGGCCAUCCAGGCCAACCAGGUGGACCUUCACCUGGAGUGCCUGCCGGCCCAGGAAAACCAGGAGGACCAGGAUCUAACGGAGAACCAGGCUCACCAGGCGUACCAGGAGAACCAGGAACACCAGGAAACCCAGGAACUCCAGGAAGUCCAGGAAAUAAACCAUGCAAAGGCAAGCCAGGUUCGCCAGGAGGCCCAGGAUCUAACGGAGAGCCAGGAACACCAAGUGGUCCAGGAGGCCCAGGAUCUAAUGGAGAGCCAGGAACACCAAGUGGUCCAGGAGGCCCAGGAGCACCAGGAGGCCCAGGAUCUAAUGGAGAGCCAGGAACACCAAGUGGUCCAGGAGGCCCAGGAUCUAAUGGAGAGCCAGGAACACCAAGUGGUCCAGGAGGCCCAGGAGCACCAGGAGGCCCAGGAUCUAAUGGAGAGCCAGGAACACCAAGUGGUCCAGGAGGCCCAGGAUCACCAGGAGGCCCAGGAUCUAAUGGAGAGCCAGGAACACCAAGUGGUCCAGGAGGCCCAGGAGCACCAGGAGGCCCAGGAUCUAAUGGAGAGCCAGGAACACCAAGUGGUCCAGGAGGCCCAGGAGCACCAGGAGGCCCAGGAGGAUCAGGAGUGCCAGACGGCCCAGGAAUACCAGGCACACCAGGCCAUCCAGGCCAACCAGGUGGACCUUCACCUGGAGUGCCUGCCGGCCCAGGAAAACCAGGAGGACCAGGAUCUAACGGAGAACCAGGCUCACCAGGCGUACCAGGAGAACCAGGAACACCAGGAAACCCAGGAACUCCAGGAAGUCCAGGAAAUAAGCCAUGCAAAGGCAAGCCAGGUUCGCCAGGUUCAUCAGGAGGACCAGGAGUGCCAGGUGUACCAGGCACACCAGGAGGAUCAGGAGUGCCAGGGGUACCAGGUGGCUCAGGAACACCCGGAGUACCAGGCACACCAGGAACACCAGGAACACCAGGAACACCAGGAACUGGUGGCCAACCAAGUGUCCCAGGAACUCCAGGCUUACCAGGAAAUGGUGGCCAACCAGGCUCACCAGGAGGCCCAGGUUCUAACGGAGAACCAGGCUCACCAGGAGGCCCAGGAUCUAACGGAGAACCAGGAUCACCAGGAGGCCCAGGAUCUAACGGAGAACCAGGAGGCCCAGGAUCCAAUGGAGAGCCAGGUACACCAAACGGUCCAGGAAUACCAGGAAGCCCAGGAAAUAAGCCAUGCAAAGGCAAGCCAGGUUCGCCAGGUUCAUCAGGAGGACCAGGAGUGCCAGGUGUACCAGGCACACCAGGAGGAUCAGGAGUGCCAGGGGUACCAGGUGGCUCAGGAACACCCGGAGGAUCAGGAGUACCAGGCACACCAGGAACACCAGGAACACCAGGAAGCCCAGGAACUGGUGGCCAACCAAGUGGCCCAGGAACUCCAGGCUUACCAGGAAAUGGUGGCCAUCCAGGCUCACCAGGAAAUGGUGGCCAACCAGGCUCACCAGGAACUGGUGGCCAACCAGGCUCACCAGGAAAUGGUGGCCAACCAGGCUCACCAGGCGUACCAGGAGAACCAGGAACACCAGGAAACCCAGGAACUCCAGGAAGCCCAGGAAAUAAACCAUGCAAAGGCAAGCCAGGUUCGCCAGGAGUGCCAGGGGUACCAGGUGGCUCAGGAACGCCCGGAGGAUCAGGAGUACCAGGCACACCAGGAACACCAGGAACACCAGGAAGCCCAGGAACUGGUGGCCAACCAAGUGGCCCAGGAACUCCAGGCUUACCAGGAAAUGGUGGCCAACCAGGCUCACCAGGAAAUGGUGGCCAACCAGGCUCACCAGGAGGCCCAGGAGGCCCAGGACAGCCAGGCGGCAGUGGAAAACCAUGUGGGUCACCUGGAAUCCCAGGUGCUCCAGGAACAGCAGGAUCACCAGGAAACCCAGGAUCACCAGGAAACCCAGGGUCACCAGGAAACCCAGGGUCACCAGGAAACCCAGGAAACCCAGGAUCUCCAGGUGGCCCAGGAAAGCCUGGUAAACCAGGUGAAACAGGCACACCAGGCGAGACAGCGUCACCAGGAAACCCAGGUGAGCCGGGAAAGCCGGGCUCACCAGGUAGCACGGCCACCCCAGGCGCCCCUGGUGGCGUAGCAGCACCAGGCAGCGCAGCUGGCACCGCCGCACCAGGCGCCGUGGCCGAACCAGGAGCCGUGGGCCAAGUGGGCCAAGUGGGAGGCGUCGGGCCCAACCCAAAUCCAACCAAAAAGAACUACAAGAAGACAACUAGCCAAAGCAACGAAUCAAACAGCGAAAUUUCCGACGCCAGUGGAUCAAGAUCUGUCAACGCUAAGAGCGCCGAAAGCACCCUAGAAUCGCAGAAAGGUGAUGUUCACAAGAAAGGCAGCAACCAAGCGGCCAGCAGCGAAGAGAAAAUCAAAAACAAGGACGGCACUUUCACCAACGAUUCUCAAGCCGCCAGCGACGAUUUGACAGUCACAGACAAAGAUUCAACAGAAAAGACCAGUCAUCAAGCUGCUAGCAGUCGGCAAACAGCUAACACCGCCUGCGGCAGCUCAGACAGCAGUCAGCAAGCUGCCAGCAGCCAGCACUCAAGGACAGACAGCUCCGGAUCCUAUUCAGACAACGCUCAAGGGUCCAGCAGUGAUCAGAAAAUCAAAAACAACGACGGCACCAGCUACGAAGCCAGCCAGCAAAAUCAAAGCAGCGACCAAAGCAUCGAAAAGGCCGACGGAAGCAAGUACAACGCUAGCCAGCAAGCGGCCAGCUCUAACUCGAAAUCUGUGACAGCUAAAGGCACUCACGAAGCCAGUCAGCAAGCUCAGAGUGACGCUCAGUACAGCGAAGAUAGUCACGGAUCGCACUCAGUCAAUCACCAGGCUGCUAGCAGCGAUGAAAAAUACAGAGGUGCUAACGGGGACGCCCUAGACAAGAGCCAACAGAGCGCUAGCGCCAGCGAAAAGACAGUAAACUCUGCCGGUACUUUUAGUAACGAUCAACAGGCAAGUAGCGACAAUACGAAGAGGGUUGACAAGUAUGGCUCGUACGAAGAUAGCCACCAGGUGGCUAGCAGUGACAAGAGCGUCGAACUGAACGACGGAAGCAAGUACCAGGAACGCAGACAGGCCGCGAGUGGAAACAAGAAGAUCAAGAACGCAUCAGGGCAGUACGAGGAGGAUAACCAAGCGGCGAGCAACCAGGUUCACAGUUCGGACGCUUCGGGCACAUACGAUGCGGACAACCAAGCGGCUAGUAGCGCGCAAAGAGGGCAGUCAGCCGAUGGGUCUAGUUUCGAAAACACGCAACAGGCCGCAAGUGGAAGCAAGCACGUCUCAAACUGCCAGGGCAAUUUCUCAAACGACCAGCAAAAGGCUAGCAGUACCGAGAAGAGGUCAGACGCAUCUGGAUCGUACUCGGGCAGUAACCAGGCCGCUAGCAAUAGAGCGAAUUACCAAUACAACGACGGUUCGACGUACAACGCGAGUCAGCAGGAAGCAAGCGCUGACCAGCACGAAGUGAAUGCUGCUGGCAGACGCGACAGCAGUCAACAGUCGAAUAGCAGUGACGAGCAGAUCCACACUGCUGGUUACGAUUCAUCGAAGGCUGCGCAGGCCGCUAGCAGUUACGACAACUUCGAAAGCGCCGAUGGAAGCUACAAGAAGCAAGAACAAGCGUCAGCCUCCAGCUCUCAGUCCCACUACUCAAGCGCGACUGUGACCGAGUCUCACUCCGCGGCCGCGCAACAAAGCGCCACCUUUGAAGAAUACGACUAAACUAAAUAACUUUCCGAUCAACGACCUAAGCGAAGAUUUCAGCAGAUUAUCAUGAUUUUUUUAAGUUUCCUUUAUUCUAAAACGUUUUUGUGAAAUUAUUUACCCUUUUUUUAAUAUUAAUAAAUGCAAAUUCAAAUGUU